UGAAACGUCAAACGAUGUAUAUAAUGUGCUGCAGUCAGUUUUAUAUACCAGGUUGGCAAACGUUACGCUGCAGCAGUCGCAUGUAUGUACAAUUAUCAUAUAUAUCCACGUAUUUAUAUACACACACAAGGUAUUAGUUUACAAAUAAAACUUCAAAGUCCGUAAGAGCCAAGGUUAUCGCGUACAUGAAAAAGUCCCGUCACGUGCGCGAAUAAAAUCAUAAAGCAGCAACCGGUUGCAGCGGUAUACAAACACCUUUGCUGCGCGAUAUACAUUAUACACCUAUACGAGUACGUAUGUACAUAGACGUCAUUGCAUCAACGAAUCUUGAGAGUCAUUUGCAAAUAACAAUUAAUAACGAGCCGAGAUAGUAGCAAUGAGUACAGACGUCAAAGUCAUCGACGGAGGUUUUUCGACGCAAUUAGCGGUGCACGUCGGUGACACGAUAGACGGUGAUCCACUAUGGACCAGCAAAUUUCUGUGCACCAAUCCAGAUGCUGUUUACUCGACGCAUUUGGAUUUUUUGAAAGCCGGAGCAAAUAUCAUCGAGACCUGCACUUAUCAAGCUUCCAUCCCCGGUUUCGUCGAUCAUCUCAAACUUUCCCAACAGGAUAGUGCUGAUCUCAUUAAAAAAGCUGUUGUUUUAGCAAAAAAAGCUGUGUCUGACUAUAAGAAAACAAUCAAUUUAGAUAGCGUUGUGUCUAACAAAGAGCCUCUCGUUGCUGGUUCUGUUGGACCUUAUGCAGCCUAUUUGCAUGAUUGUUCCGAAUAUACUGGAGGGUCUUAUGCAAAAAAUGAAAACAUGGAUUCUAUAGUUGAAUGGCACAAACCAAGAUUAGAAAUUCUCAUAAGCAGUGGUGUUGAUCUCUUAGCUAUUGAAACUAUUCCUUGUGCUAGAGAGGCUCAAGCUUUGGUAGAAUAUUUAAAGCAAUAUCCAGACACUAGAUACUGGUUAUCGUUUUCAUGUAAAGAUGAUGGUAAAAGCAUUGCGGAUGGAAGUAAUUUUCAAGAAACUGUAUUGAGUUGUUAUAAAUCUGCUCUUCCGGGGCAGUUAAUAGCAUGUGGUGUAAAUUGUUUAGCUCCUACUUCAGUUUCACCACUUUUGAAAAGCAUCAGUAAAGAAAAUACUGGCUUUUUUAUUCCUAUGAUUGCAUAUCCAAACAGUGGAGAAAUAUAUUCAUCUGCAACUUAUAGCUGGAGUAUGGAUAAAGAUUUUCAUGGCCCUGAAGAAUUUGUCAAGGAAUGGAUUGAGUUAGGUGUAAGAUACAUAGGUGGAUGUUGCAGAACUGGAGCACAAUCUAUUGAAAGGAUAUCUGCACUGGUACAGAACUGGAAAAAGGGUCUGCAAUCAAUGGUUUAGAUUUAUUGAUAUUUUAUUUAAAAAGAUGCCAAAGCAAUUUAAAGUAUAAAAUUAUUCAAGGGAUUCUUCUAUUUU